UUAUUUCGAUGUGGGAGAAUCAUUAUGUACUCUCCCGCUCGUAAUUGGUGUUCAGGUAUUAUCGCCAAACUCUCUCUACCGGAGUCCCUGUGCCGGUUUCCGAGAGAAGUCGCAUCGUUAAGCGCGAAAAAAAUUGUAUAGAAAACGAAUUCAAAUAUUAUGGUUUGUAUUUUUUUUUUUCGUAAAAUUCAUUCGAUAACGCAUAUUUUAAAAAAAGAAACAUCUAAUUUGGUCAAUUUUUAGCAGAGCUAGUUAUUUGAAAAAUUCAUAACUUUUUUUUUGGUUCAGCACAAAGAACUGCAAACAUUCACAAAAAUAUAUUUAGUAGGAUAUUAUAAUAGAAAAAAAAUGUUCGGAUCCAAAAGUGUUCGAAAUGGCUUGGAAUGCCGCAUAUAUAUAUAUGCAUAUAUUGAAUUAUUAUAUUUACUUGUUGAUACCGAUUUCAAUACAUAUGUAUAAUAAGAAAAAAUUAAAGAUAAAAAAGCUUCGUCGUUGCUUUAGUAUCCGUCCCACUGAUAUCAUACCGAGUUCGUACUCAGGAUCUAUGACUAGAGCCAGUGACAACGCUAGCUGAUCAGUAUUGCACCGUGCGCACUACAGUGAGGACGCAGAGAAGAGUCCGGGCUUUUUUACUGCGGACAAAAUUCAUAUGUGCAAUAUCGAGUUUAAUGGUUCGAAUUCUGCGUUCGUGGUCCAAUGUGCGAUCUUCCCAAAUAUUUCAAAGAAGAAAAGGAAGAUGAAGACAAAAUAGACAAACGCUAUUUAAAGAGCAAAGUAAGAAAAAAGCGGCUUGCGUUGUCUGCAAAACGACUGUCGAAAACUAAAAAGAGUCGAGAAAACCGAAAAAAAGCAGCGGCCCUCGGGGCAAGUCAAAGCACCGCAGCGGAACCAGGUACUUCUUCAGGUACUCCGUAUAAAGUUUUUAUAAAGACAGAACAUGAAAUUAUUGAUAAAUUUAUAGAAGAAGCAGAUGUAGCAAAAAACGGCGAAGUAUUAGAAGAAAAAUAUUUAAAUGCAGAGAAGAAAACAAUAACAUCAGUAACGGAAGGCAAUAACCUGAAAAUUAGCGGCGAAAUAUCUUCCGUAACGGACAUCGUCAAAAAAACUGAAGAAGAUGCCGAAAAUUCUAUGGAUGACGACUGUAACUGGAUGGUAGAGCAAGCCGAACCAGAACAGUCGGAAAAUCCAAUUUCUGGAGGAAUAGACUUCGCCGAUUUUGCAUAUGUUUUCGAGCAAAUAAAAAAUUUGCAAAAACAUUCGUCUAUUGGCUGCGGCAUUGAACAUUUUAACAUAGUUGGAUGUCAACAGUACGGAUUGGAAAAAACGUACAAUGUUCGAUGCCGAAUGUGCAAUCACGUGGAGCGCAUAUCCUGCCUUCGGCCGAGCGAUGCCAGUAUAGACAUCAACAACGCCGCUGUUUCCGCAACAAUGGUGACGGGCGGCGGGUAUAAUCAACUCGAAGAGGUAAUGUCUGCCAUGAACGUGUCCUGCAUGACGAAAAGGAUCUUCCAGAAAUGUCACAAUGACAUAAUCGAUGCGUUCGAAGUGGCCGCACAACGUGAAAUGGAAGAUGCAGGAAGAGAGGAGAAAGAAUCAGCCAUAACAAGAGGCGACGUAGUUCCAGGAUCUGGUAUACCGUGGAUAUCGGUUGUCGCAGACGGCAGCUAGAUGAGAAGGUCAUACCGCAGAGGAGAUUACAAUUCUCUUUCUGGCGUGGGAGGCGAACGCUGAGCUAUUGCUCGGUAACCGCCACCCGAGGAGAGCCCCACAUAACCCGGAUUCUUCCCAGAGAACCCGGGUAUGCGUAAUGCAUUUUCACUCGAAAAAUCAAAAAAAAAAAAAACAAAAAGUUAUGGACAAGAGGUGCCAAGGCACCUCGGAAGGGUCACCAUCAAAACAGAAGAAACAGUAUACUCUUCCGAGUGUGAAAGGCACGUGGCUACACUCAUAUAUAUAAUGUAUAUAAAUGAAUUUGCUUUAGCUUUUUUUUCACCGACCAGUAUCAAAGGCAAAAGUUAAGCUAUAUGAAGCGAGGAAAGAAAGUUCUAUGACCAAAAAUUAGAAUCGAAAGGGGCCAGUGCUAUUGCAGCAAAAUAUUUCUCAGAAGUAGUAAACAUUAAUAAUAGAGUCUUUAGAAAAUAUAGAUGAAACCAGGGUGUACAGCAUGUUAGUUCAAGAGAUGUAGUAUCAUCUCUUAAACAGGAAAAUCUUCAUUUGUCGCGGUAUACGUUACAGGAUAGAGGAGUGUGAUUUAGUUUCAAGUCGAUUAAAAUAUGAAAUUAGUUUUAUUUAAAUGUAUUCAGUUAACAUUGGUAAGGUAUAUGCUUCCAAUAUAUGAUUGUAUAUGUAUGUUUCAUGUAUUUGUGUCUUAUGUUCAUUUUUAUGUGCAAUAUUUUUGUUCGAAUACUGGUAAGGUUUUCUGCAGUCUCCUUACUCUUAGCAAUAAAUGUUGGUAUUCAUGUAAUAAAUCGGCUGCAGACGUAAAAACUAAAUAAAUAAUGAGUCGUUUUCCACUUUUUGUUGUA